CUCCGCUACGAGCCGCCACCGUUUCUACCACCAUAAAAUUUAGUCAGAAUUAAGACAAAUUAUAUGAUAAUUAUUGAUUGAUCCGCAUCUUAUUCACCAUAUUUAGGAGUAAUAUAAAUGAGAGUGAUAGAGGAAAGAAGGAUUUCAUAAAAGGAGUAACUUUGAAUUUAUCAUUGUCCGACAUUACCGAGAACUGGAAACAUCAUUGUUCUGAAAAAACGUGCACGCCAUGCUCAAACACGGUUUGACUACAUCGCAGAUCGGUAAAAAGGGUUUUCCUCGACAACAUAUGCAGAAGUCGACGGUUUUUCAUCUGGUGUACAGAUACUUGAACGAAGUUGCUGAUAGGGACCUAAGAUGGAGGCAGCGAAACAACGCGUAUAAUCGAUUCCGCAGGCAACAUGCGAGAAGGAAGAAUAUCCGCACACAAGCUUCUACAUUGACUCGAAUGAAUUACGACGCGGGAAUCGGCGAUGUAUGCGCGCGUCCAGAUCAAAAAAGACUUCCUGAAAUGCUCAGGACGCUUAGGAGCUCGUCGGAAGAAUGCAUCGCCGAUUAUGCAAGAGCUGUCCAGGAUGAACGUAAACGUGCCAAGUCCUAUAUACGACACGCGCUCUUAUAUGGCUUAAGAUCCGGAUUGUUAAUCCCGACUAAUCGUCAGAGAACGUUGCACGUUUCCGAAAAAUUGGGAAUCUUCUCAACGAAAGACUCAACGGGAUACGAAGAGGAUCAAUCGAGUACUUCAAGUAGUGACACCUGAAACGAUUUCGAUCACGUUGGAUUUUAUCGUCAAAAGCAUAUAAGUAUACAUUCAAUAAUUAUAUAAGCAUAUAUUUUGUUCCGUCUAUAGAUAAAUAAACAAUCACCGUUCAUGAUACAAUGACAUGUUUAUGACAUAACAAUUACACGA